UUGGGUGCGGGCAGGACGGCGGCCCGCAGGGCCCGCACCCAGCGGCACCGGCGCUCCGCGUCCCGUCCCUCCUCCCGCGCCUGCCCCGAGGCCGCGGGCCCGGCCUCUCCCCGCUGCUCGUCCUGCCCCCCUCGCCGACUCUGUCCCGGCGGCCAGCCAGGUCCGGCCCCCCGGAUUAGCCCGGGCACGGUCUAAGCCUCUUUGCUGCCGCCGCCCCCGGGAUGGCCCGGCAUGGAGGCCGGCGGCGCUGAGCGACGCGGCGGGGAGCUCUGCCUGCAGGUGGGCGACGCCGGCCUGGGCGGCCUCAUCCUGCUGCUGCUGACGGCCCGGCCGGCCCCGGGUGAUGGGGUGGCCCACGGGGAGCCCCUCGAGCCUGGCGGGCUGCGGGGGCCCCUGGCGCGCUCCCUGCAGCGGGCAGAGGCCAUGCUGCGCAGCUGCGUCUCCCCGGGGCUGCGGCGCCUGCUGGCCCCGCGGCCCCGCCGGCGCGGCGACGGCGACAGCGACGAGGAGGACGAGACCGAGGACGAGGCCGCGUCCAUCGUGACCCCGCUGGAGCAGAGCUUCGCGGGGCUGCGCCGCUGCCUCCGCGUCUGGGAGGACCCUCGCACCGAGACCUUCCAGGGACACGUGCGGCCCCGUCCCGGCGGCGCCGCCGAGUUCUCGGAGGACGCGGUGCGGCAGCGCGUGGCCGCGCGGGGAGCGGCCCUGCACGCACUGCUGCGGCACCGCCACCUGCUCCGCCUGGCCCGCGACUUCGCCCGGCGCCUCAAGGCCUCCUCCGACUUCCUGCGGCAGCUGCUGGCGCUGCCGGUGCCAGGGGCCUGCGGGGGCCGCGCGGGGCCGGCGCUGCGGGAGCUGUGCCUGGAGCUGCGGGCACACGCGGGGCACUGGGCCGCGCUGCGGCGGAGGCUGCGGGGGGACGCGUGGCUGCGGGCGCUGCCGCGGCGCCGUCGCGAGGCCGUGGCGCACAUGCGGCGGGCGCUGCUGCUGCCGGCGCUCAUGGCCGCGCGUCUGGCCCGGCGCCACGCCGAGGGGUGCCUGCGGGAGCUGGGCUGCCCCGGGACCCCCUCCCCGGCCCCCGAGAGCCUGGCUGAGCUCUUCCAGGGGCUGGAGAUCUACAACCGCGUGGUGCAGGGGCUGGCGGAGGAGCUGGGCCCCGAGGCGGGUCCCGGGGGUGUCCCCCCUCCCUUCACGGUGGACGGAGUGCUGCGGGUGCUGGCGGCCGAGCGUGGCCGCGCCGUGGCCGAGCGGCUCCAGCCCCUCCUGCGGCCCCGAGGUGGGGACAUCAGGGAUGGACACGUGUGCUGGGAGGACGUGGCGGUGCCGUGGCCGCCGGGGCACGACGCUGCGGGGACGGACGCGCCGACGGACGCAGAAGGUUCCGGAGCGGCGGCGCCGCCAGGGCUGGUGGCCGAGCUGCGGGCGCUGUGCCUGGAGGACGAGGAGCUGACGGGACACGUUUUGGGGGCACUGGUGGCCUCGGCCGACAGCCUGUGGCAGCCGGUGCUGUCUGAGAGCCCUGAGCCCGUGGGGCCGCGCCCGGGCAGCACGGGCGGCUGGAAGUCGGUGCGGUGGCUGGACACCGCCCGGGGCCCCGCGGCCGCCACGCUGGGCGCCCGGUACCGCCCGCUGCUCUGGGGGGCCGUGGGUGCUGCGCUGGGGCACAGCCUGGGCACCCCCCCCUCCACCCUCAGCGCCACCGUCACCGCGGCGCAGGAGCUGAGCCGCGCGCUCGUCGUGGCCCGUGUGCCCCCCGAGUGCCAGGAGGAGCUGGGGGUGCUCUGCCUGCGCCUGAUCUGCCGGAGCAUCCUCUGCAGCUGGGACACAGAUUUCACCUGUGCCCUGGGCUCAGGGCUGUUGGACAAGUGCUUGGAGGUGCCGGGGGGGCCUCCGGGGCCGGGGUGCAGCCGCACGGCGCAGCAGCUCCGGCGCCUCUUCCCAGCCCUGGCGCUGGCCCUGCGCUGCCUGCGCCCGCUGCCCACGCACCCACACGCGUCCCCUGGGGGUCCCUGCCUGCGGCUGCAGGUGCUGGGCCGGUGUCUGGCGGCGGUGGCGGCUGCUCACGCGUGGCUGACGGGCAGGGCCGGACGGUACCUGGCGGCCUGGGCACUGCCCCAGUUCCUGCUGCUCACCCAGGGAGACCUGCAGGUGCUGAAGGCAGAGACGGAGCAGCUGGUGCUGCAGGUGAGUGGGACCUUCCCAGAGCUGGGGGACACUGAUGGAGACACCCCCCCAGAGCCACCCCACGGGUCCCCGUGGGAGCUCCAGCUGUGCCGGCAGAUCCACGGAGCGGCCAACAACAUCCAGCUCUUCUCCAGCGACGUGCUCGGGAUGUUCUCCAGCAGCUGCAAGCGGCUCUCGGCCGAGAUCUUUGACCAGACGAUGCCGCUGGGCCGGCACUGGCGGCUCGGGCCACGUGCCGAGCUGCCCAGCACCCCCAGUGCGUACGCAGCGGCCGCGGUGCAGGCGGUGCUGGGGCAGGUGCUGCAGGGGGCACAGGCCCUGCCCCGCGACGCCCAGGCACCCACCCUGGCACGGGUCACCACGGCCUUCCUGGAGGCCUGGAUGGACCACAUCCUCACCCACAGGAUCAAGUUCAGCCUGCAGGGGGCCCUGCAGCUGCGGCGGGACUUCGAGGCGGUGCGGGAGCUGCUGUGCUCGGAGCGCUCCGGGCUGGCCCCCGAGGCCCAGCAGGCUCUGCGGGCUCUGCGGGUGUUCCACCACACGGACACGGCCGUGCGCUGCCUCCUGCAGCAGCCGGGGGGGCGCGGCGGCCACCCCCGCGGCUGGGCCGGGCUGCGGCGCUGCUGCUCGGACGAAGGCGCCCACCCCCUGGACCCGCCCCCGGCCCCGCUGCCUGUGUUGGACCCGCUGGAGGUGGCGGUGCCGCUGCCGGGGCCCCGGCCGGGCGCGGGAGACGAUGUGCCGGGCCGUGCCCGCGGCGCCGCUGCCGAGCCGCCCUUCCCGGGCAGCCCCCAGCAGUGGCUGUCCCUGCGGCUCCACCGCGCCCGCCGCUGGAGAGUGCCGGGGCUGCCCUGCGUGGGCAACAGCCCCGAGGGCUGACACGCAAUAAACCCGCCCCACCCGGCCCGGCCGCCUCUGCGAGGGGGGCACGGGGCAUGGGGGGCUGACAGCA